GCAACAGUAACAGCGGGUAAAUCAAACUAUUAGAAUAGUGGACUCAUUAAUCCUGGAUCCAAAACUGGUAGUUACCAAACGGUUUUCGGGCAUGUUUGCCAUUAACUAUGAGGCAAACUUUCUGGAUCAUAGGAAGAUCAGCAUAUGUUUGACUUACCUAGGCCCCAACAGUGACGAGGAAGCUUUCAAUACUGUUUAUUGUUCACUUCAGAACCACUAUGAGUUCACGUCCAUUCGAAAUCUUGGUUCGAAAAAUGAAUAUUUACUAGAUAGUGGGAAGCGUAGUUCUCUCUCGGAUACCUCUGAAGUACACAGCGACAUUGGGUUUUCAAGUUCUACCAAUCGGCAGCCAAUUUGGUUAAGAUUUACCAAGGAACACAACCCAAUAAACAAUGCAUGGAGUUGUUUUCAAUCUUAUCGAGCUACUUUAGGACUACUUGCAUUCACUUGGUGUUCUAAUCGUAAUGAGAUUCAAUCAAGGAUUAAGGACUAUGUUAAACACAAGAAACUUCUGUCAGAUACACUCAUCGGGAGUCGUCUCUUUCUUUUAUUGAGACCAUUGAACAAUGAAUGUGAUUCAAUAUCAGUUGAAGAAGCAAAUGUUUUUGUUGCUGAAAAACUCAAAGAGGACUCCGUAUUACUAAGUGAAAUAGUAUGUCAUCCUGCAGAUCACCUCUUUGCAUCAGAAACAAAUAUUCUAAAGGAUUCUGGUGUUUAUACUGCAACAGAUGACUGCCCUUCUAUAGCUGAUAAGUCAACCAAUCUAAUCAGGCCACCUUUUAUCAAUCAUCGGAUCGGUUCAACGCUUCAAGAAUUGGUUUCAUCAAUAUAUUGGAGUCUAAAGAAAAUGAUCACAGCUCGAUGUUCAAGUGAUAUAAAAUUUAAAACAAAAGAAUCAAGUUUAUCUAAGGAACAGGUGGACACUGGAGAUGACGUCCUAAUGGCUCCAGAGGAAAAUGAAGCAAAAUGGAAUAUUAUUGAUGAAACUAAGCGGAAAAUCCUGGGUCGUUCGAAUGCAUUGUCUGCUUUAUCUGCUUUUACAGAACGAACAGGAGCUACAAGUUCUGUUAGUGCUCAAGCAGAUGUAAGAACAUCUUGGAUGCUUGCGUCGUGUUCUGUCCCGAGAUACGGAAGAUUCAUUAAACAGAAGAGAGCAACUGGACGACUGAAAAAGUAUUUAGGUGAUAUAUUUUUACAAUUGGGUGACAUAGAAAUGGCGCAAGUUCAGUAUAACGUUGCUAUUGAGCAUUUGAAACCUAUUGGGGAUAAUCUUUGGGUCGCUGGAGCUCUUGAAGGCCUUUGUGCAGUUGGUAUGUGCAGACAUACGUAUGAUCAGUUCUCAAAUUCUGGUUCAAUACGUUCAAAAUCUUUACAUCGUCGUCACCUAGAUGAACAAUUAUCUAAUGGUAGCUUACGGAAACCACAAUUGCAAGAAUCAGACAUAUUGGAACGCUCCACGUCUUCAAGUUUAGAUCUUGCUUCAACAAAGUCUCAUCAACCUGUUAUAAUAUCAUCUGCCGAUUGUUGUAAUUAUGCUCUGGAGACUAUGGAGUUGUACAAUAAGGUUGCAUUGAAUCCUUACCUUUUUGAAGAGUUCAAGUUUAAAGUGAUUCGAUUACUUAUUACUAAAUCACAAAAACGUAAAGCAUGCGAAAUUCUUGAUUCGUUGAUUGCACCAUCUCUCUCUAAGUUUGAUCCUCAAAAUUCGUGUUCAGUUAAACGUUAUCUGACUAUUGUUCGCUUGUAUAAAGCUAUGAAUUUCAGUCGUAAAGCUAGUUUAGCCCUUUGGCUCUUGUCAGCAUCAAAUCACCUGGAUGAUGUCAGCUUUGAACAUGAAACUCUACUGAAUGGUUUGAAAAUUCAAUCACCUUACAGUCCUAAUUUGACUCAAAUAACAACGAGUGACAUGAAACUAUCUGGUAGUGAUAAUAGUCAGAAUAAUAAGGAUUCAACUUAUUUAAUGAAUGAAAGUCAACCACAACCGAGUAUUAUCUGUCGUUUAAUUACGAACCCACCAUUAUGGAGUCCAUUUAUUGUAUUGAAUCAGUUGAACUGGAUAACCCGUAUAACUGGGACAACAACUUCACUAACAACUAUAUCAUCAUCGUCAUCAACAGUUGGUCCAUUGAGCAAUCUACUGAAUAAGUCCAAGUCUUUACAUCAAACUACACGUCAUUUCAAUUCCAAUAUCAAUCCUAGUUUAAGCAGUUUGUAUUUUUCAAAGUCAUCUCUACCAUUUCGUUCAGUUGGUUGGUGUGAAUUACAAUUGAAAGUAAUGUAUUAUCUUAUCAAUCAAUAUAAAGCCAAAAUUAAUCUAGAAGAUACUUCAGAAAUUUCAUGGGAUAUAGGAUUAAAACUUAUUGGAUAUUGUUUCUCUGUACUUGAUAGUUGGCCUGAAUAUACUGAUGAAACAGGUUGUAUAUCUUGUAUGGAUGAUUUAUGCCGUUUAGCAGUACUACGCUGUCCUGACCAACCAAUAAAUGCGCCUAGCAUGACUAUUUUAAAUUAUUGCUCAGAAAUUGGGCAAUUUAGAAGGUGGCCUCGGAGUCAUCGAGUAGUAUACUCAAAUGGGCAUUGCCGUUUUAAUGGUAUCAAAGAAGUCCAAAUUAAACCGAAUGAAAGACAAAUGUUAGAUUUAGUAGAAAUACCAGUGCAUCAAUUGCCUUUAGUUAGAUUAGUAACUAUACCUCCAAUACCAAGUCAUUUUAUACCUCAUUCAAUUUCUAAAGGCGCUGCUGAAAAUGUAGUGCCACUCAGUAAAAGUCGUGUAGUUGUUAUUCGAACUGGUCGGACACAAUCAAAACAAUCUGAUGUUUAUGCUUUAGAUUCUCCGAAAUCUACUGGUCCAUUUGUUUAUAAUCCUUUCCAAAAUGAUAAUCAUUGUAGCUCGAAAAAUUCAGUCGUUGAUUGGGUCUGUGAAGAACCUGGAUAUAUUGAAUUGGUUGUUGACAAUAAGUUGCCCAUUGAUUUAAGAAUAUCUGGUGUGUAUGUGGAACUCAUGCCAACUAAUGGUGGACCUACGAAAGAAGCAUCAAUUAGUCGUCUAUCAUCAGUAACUUCAGACUAUGACUCAUCCCUUGGUAGUAGUACUAUGAAUGGAUGUUCAGAGACUUCAUCAAGUUUUAUUCACUUAGAGGCUGUAUGCCUGAUUGUAAAAACAUCUCAGUCCGUGAAAGUAAUACAAACUAAACAUUUGGCUAAUCCUCAGUUUGAAGAUGCAAAAACUCAAGUUAAAGAGGGUGGCUUCAGUGGUCAGCUGGAAAGUGGUUGCCUUUUAGAAGAAGCUGAUUUUUAUCGUCAAUUCCCUAAUUGUAACGCGGAACGUUUUUGGCGGAGAUCCACUUCAGAUGUAAAUUGUAAAUUGCCUUCACGUACUAGUGGAAUCAGAUUGUCGAUUGCUGUCGUUCCAACUUUAGAUAUGCUGCUUUCUGGUUCUUCAUCAGAUCAGUCAAAUACAUCCAAUCAAUAUCGGGUUGUCGGAAUCACAUAUCGUCUUGUCGAUUGUGGUGGAAUGAGAGUAUGCCUUCGACCGCCGUUUAAAUUUAUUUAUUCAGUGUCUGCAUCUGGAGAAUCUUCCAAUAGAGGUCGUGAAAGACAUUUGAGUGGUUCUUCUUCAUCAACAUUUUCAACUGUUCGGUCUUCUUGGACAUUUGGUUCAGAGGCUAUAUUUCCGAAUGGUAUUUCUGGUACUUCUGAAUUUGAUAACGAACAUUUACUAUCAAAUGCUUUGGGUAUACAAUUUUCAUUAUUACCACUCAUAAGAUUACAGCCUGCAAUGCCAAGACUAUGUAUUUUCCCAGGUCGUGUUUGUAGUGCAUUCAGUUUGGAAGAAGCCAGUGAUAUUUUAAAAAAUGAAUCAAAUGUUCAACACGUAUGUGAUCUAGCAAAACAAUUACACUUUCUUGGUCUUUCGAAAUUCCGUGUUCCUGAUCCAUCAAAGUGGUCUAACCGUGUAGCUGCUGUGUUAGAUUUAUCUAUAUUUCCGUACGAGACUAGAUGGUUACCUGUCGAGUUAUACAUACGUGAUGAAAACAGGCCGAAUAUUCCAAUGAACUAUAAGAAUAAUGGCGAUAACAGUAGCGAAAACUAUAAUCUGAGCAGAAUUUAUGAUUCCAUUGGUCAUUAUUAUUCAAUUAAACGUCACCUCAAUUUAUUACAUUUCAACGUCAAAUUAGUAUCAAACAACUUAUCAUUGUUGACCAAACUGAAUUUGACUGCAACUGAUUUCAUUCAAUGUAUUGGUAUAGAUGACAUCCGUAAGAAGUUCCCUCUUCCAGUUGAAAAUCACGAGGUACCUGGUUCUUUGCCUAAGGAAUGCUCAGAUUUUGAUGAUCACCUUUUGCCGUUUUAUGCUACACAUGUGGGUGUAAUUUGGCUGAGAUUUGAUUCGGAGAAAUAUUGGCAAACUAUAGCUAACCGAUCUUCUACAGAUUCUGAAUUAAAUGAUUUGGUGAGAAAUGUUCAAGUACAAUCGAUAUACAUUGAAUUAGAAAUUGAAUAUGCAGUGGACGCAGUGCAAAGUACACCAUCUUCUGAACGGAAUGAAACACCAUCUAAUCUCAAUCCACUGCCAGCCCGUCGAAUCUCCUUGGGAUUCAAGUUAAAAUUAUUAUCUUCAAACUGUUGUCCAUUGAAUGUACACGACUUAAUGUUGACUUUCGAAGAUGAACCUUUAUCAAGUGAAGAUAACACAAAACGAUAUCAGCUUAAAUCAAAAUUCAAUCCACCGUUAUUCGGAGAAAAUGUUCAAGCUCAAACACUUUUAUACGGCUCUAUUGAAACGAACCUAUCACAUAUAUUUUUGCCUUAUGUGGUCUUAAAACCUGAGCAUCGUUUACAGUAUCGUCUUGAAUUGGAAUUGAAAGAAAACUGGGGUGGCCAAUCGCAAGGAUCAAACUCACCUGUUCGUUUAAGUAGUGCAUGGGUGCGCUAUUUGCUACCUAACCGAAUGAACAGUAUUUCUAAACGGCAACUAUCUCUAUCCGUUGUCGGAGUUACGAAGUCUGUGAAUGGAACGACAGUAAAUAAUUUGGACGCUGAUUCUGACACAUUGGAUGGUCUAGAGACAACACAUCAAAUUCGUUUACCACUCAUUGGAAUUAGUGAUUUAGUAUUCAGUAGUAGAAUGAUGAGGUUGGUCAACCCAAAACAGUUGAAAUCAAAUGAAUUAGGCAUUCCAGUCCCAGUGAAAAGUGAAGUACCAGGUACUGUGUUAGAGUCGAAUAUCAAGAUAUUUUGGUACUCUCGUUUACAUGCACGUUGGAUAUCGUCUCCUAAAUUACCGGAAUCUCAUCUUAUUAGUGGUCUUUCUGAACAAUAUGAAGAAAUAUCCCUAUGUUCUCGUUUUCAUCGAUAUGGUCGGCUAGUUCUAUCAUCACAUGAAUGCCAAAUCGAUCCAAAGUGGUUUUCAAAUGAAAGUCUUUCAAUUCCACUGUCUAAACCUUGGUAUGAAUAUUCAUUCUUGAAUCCUGGGUCAUCUGCUGGUCUUCUUUGGGCACAUAAUAUUUGGAUAGAUAUUAGUCUGAACCCGUUGUCUGAAGGCAAAAGUCAGUCAAAUUUUCGAACUGCUCCCAUCAAAAAACCUAAUCCUCAAAGUCAGCUGUGUUUACAAUGUCGUCAAGAUUUUUCUGUUCUACGUAAAACCAGUGCUUUCACACGACGGAUUUCUUCUACCUCUCUUUUAUCGCCUGCUGAGCCGAAACUAUCAUUGACAGCAUUAAAAAGUCAAGUGAAUGCUCUGAAAGCUGAUAUGGGUUCAGAUGGUCGAAAGAUUUCCAUGCCAGAUUUAAGAGGUUCACAGCAGUCUGCUAUGUAUAUUGACAAAGAUAAUCUAUACACAUCAUCCCGUAUUUGCACUUAUCCUUUAAAUCCUGUCUCUAUUUCCAUCACAUGUGGUGCUAGACAAAACUUAUUCCAGAAUAUUCGUAUGCAAAUUGAUUCACAAGCAACAGAUUCUGGGAAUCCUAACAGUGAUGAAGAUAAUUCCAGUGAUAACAUACAUCCAUUGGAUGAGUUUCAGAUUGAACGUGCCUGGAUAGGUCCAGCUGUAUAUAGACAUGUUCAGCACGUUAGUGAUGAUGAUUCCGAAUCAACUCAGACUACUUUGUUGGGACCACUGAUUGAAGGAAUAGACUAUGCGUUUAUUGGACAGGCAUCAGGUAGUAUUGGCAUUUCUGUUUACAGCUACCGUCAUCACCUCAAAAAUCAAACAAUACUGUGAGUUCUAUUGUAUUUUUACGUCCUGGAAAAUUCUGGGUUUGUGGUCUACUUGGAGUGUUACCACAGUCAUCUGAAUUAAGUUUAACAACAGACGGAUGUAUAUCUUCAGCCUACCGCUUACCAUCAGUGCAUAGUGUUGAAACAAUUCGUUACUCACCGAAUGGAAUAUAUAUUCAUGUGCUUGACUCAUAUGUAAAUUAAACAUCUUACCGUUUUCAUUGUGAAAACUUACUGUUAUUUUUAGCCUACAUAUAAAUCAUAUUGUAUCUACACCAUUUCAUGAUGUGAUUGAUUGUUUAUUACCCCGAAACUUGCAACCGGUUUAGAAAUUUACCAUGUUCAUUCCUCUGUCUAUACCUUUGGGUAAUUACCUUUAUUAUCAUUACUAUUAUUAUUGUCGUUCACAUUUUAACAUUAUCGUUGUGAUGACGGUAAACAUCUGAUUGAUCCUGACAGUACAUGUCUUUUUUUACUUAAGAAAAAAAUUUUGAAAUAACGUUGUAAUUACUACCCUAUAUAUCUAAAAUCAAUUUUGUUCAAUACUACUUUUUCCUGUUUAUGUAUGUUUUCUAAUUCUUCUGGUCACUUCCUAUUUCAUAAAAUUAAUUCAUACUUUUGUACUGCAUUUAUUGGGCGCAAUAAAAUAUUUUCAACUUACAUAAAUUUGCUUGUUUACUCCUGUGCAGGUGGAUAUUUCAUAACCGAUUUCAAUCUGUGUAGUUUCUUUUUUCUCUUUCUUUCUACAAGUUUGAUUUCUAAAAAGAAACAAAAGUUGGAACCAAGUAAUCCAUUCAUUCCAUCCUUUUGUAAUAAGUAUAUAAUCCAUAGUGUUAAAGUGUUUUGAAGUUGAUGAUAAGCCUUUUGAUUUUCCGAAACAGUAUAUCAUGGCAAACAUUUUAUCCCUUAUACACUUUCACUUUUCUUUUUCAUUGUAGCACAAAUGGUUGUGAUGUAUGUAUUUAUAUUAUAUGCUGGGAAUUAUAAUUUCACUGUUCAAUGAUUUUCACUUAUUUGUAUAAUUGGUGAUCAAACAGUUUUUCUUAGAUGACAGUUCGUGUAACGAUACUUGUUACCUAUAUAAAUAUAAAUGACUGACAUUUUUGAUUUUCCAUGCAUCGAGAAGCAAAAUAUUUAUAUUUUACAUCAACUGUUGAUAGUGUUUAGGGAACUCCAAUAUCUGAGACUAUCUUGUUAUGGUUGGCGUUAGGAGCUUUCGUCAACUCCUGGUGGAUUCCGUAUGAGAUUUGUUUAUUUGUUACAUAGCACAUGGUGAUACAGUACUAUUUAUUUGGCGACGUUUCGAGCAUAAGUUAUUG